AUGCCUGGCGACGUUGGUGACUGGAAAAGCCUCGAGGGGGCGGCAGCGGUAGGAGAGGCGUCUCUUUCGGUCGGCGGAAUGGAGGAGGAUCUCGGCACUCGCAAGCACGGGAGAACAGGGGGGAGGACGACAGUCGACUCAAGAGCGAAGGCCGCAGGCUCAAGGAAGCUGAGAGGAAGCGACGGUCUUCGAAGGAACGAAGCAAGGAACGCAGCAAAGAGGCGAAAAAGAGCAGCGGCGAGAGCCAGCGGGUGCACAAGAGCGCGCGAGACGAGCAGAAGGAGGAUCGGCACGGCCAGAGCCACAGAAAAGAUCGGGAUUCAAGGAGCGACGGCGAUCCUCGUCAGAAGCUCGAUGAGCGGGACGGAGACAGGGAGCGAAGCCACCAGAAGGAUGGGAAGAGCGAGGACGAGUCGCGGCUGGCGGAAAAGAAGCGACAGGAGAAAGGCAGCCACAGAGACCUCCAGAGGCACGGCAGCCGGAGGCACUCGGAGCAGGAGGAAAAGCGGAAGCAUCGAAGACGCGAGCAGCAGGUAUCAGAGCGACACCGAAAAUGUUCGAAGAGGGCCUCUAGCGACCAUCGCCACGGAGACGGAGAGCAAAAAGUUGAAGUCGGGGGCGGAGGGGGCGGGGGAAAGGCUCCCAGAAUCACCUGCCCCCCCACAUGCAUCGGAACUGACGGCUUCUGACGCCUCCGUUGUUGUGGAGCCUCCCGCGGUGACACUCCCCACGACUCCUCGCGGGGUUUCCCCCGCAUGCCCGAUUUCUCCCGAAACAGCAUAUUCAGUAGCGGCACCGACCGACGUCAAGCAAGCGAAAGAAUCUCCUCCCGCCGUCCUUUCGACUCCCCAAGAGACCUCAAGGCAUCCGCAGCAGCAGGAACCUCCCCUCGAGCAAGUCGCAGCGGCUUCUUCUCGUCGAUCGCCUUCGCCUCCAUGCGGUGGCAUGCGAUACAAGUCUCGCAGCAACUCGCGGGGAAGGGAGCGACGGUCUCCCUCUUACGGAGCUUACAGGGGCCGCAGCAUUUCCGAGGAGAAGCCACCCGCAGAUACCCCAGAAGUCGAUCCAGAGGGGGAAGAAAGUGAAGACGAGGUUUUCGACCUCUCUCUCACAGGUGGCCGUUUCAGCGAGUUGCUGGAGCAGGAAGUGAGCUGCUCUGUGGUGGGAGGCGAUCAGGCCUCAAUCCCUGAGCCUGCUGACACUCUGGACAGCUGCAAGGAUGGCCAGAGGGCCUUGCUCGAUGCGCGAGUGGUCGAGAAUCUCAAGAAAAUGAAGUGCCGUUGGUUGCUCCCUAUUCAACGCUACGCGAUUCCCAUUGUGGGUAAGGGCCACGACCUCCUUGGCUGUGCAGCCACCGGAUGCGGCAAGACCCUUGCCUUCUUGGCGCCUCUCGUUUCUCGGGUAUUGAGCUGCGAGGGCCUCUUUCGGCCUCACUUCCCUGGGAGCCACGCGCAGGCGUCACCGCUCUCAGUUGUUUUAUGUCCUACGAGGGAGUUGGCAAUCCAGAUCAAUGAGCAGUUGGCGCGUCUGGUGGCCGGAACAAGCUUGUCUCACAGCAUCUGGAUUGGUGGGGUGUCUGCAACAGAACAGGUGCACGAGAUAAAUCAGCGGCAGAUUGAUAUUGCCAUUUGCACGCCGGGCCGUGUCGACGAACUAUGCCUGCGUGGAAAGGUCACGCUUGAGUUCGUGCAACUGCUUGUGUUGGAUGAGGCGGACGCGAUGCUGGACCUUGGAUUUCAGAGAGUGAUGACGGAACUCGCAACUAGCAGGGAUAUGCCGGAGAACCGGCAGACACUUCUCUUUUCUGCCACCUUCCCCCCGAAUCUCAUGGCGAUGCUUCCUUCCAUGCUAAGGACGCCCUACUUCCGCGUGGAGGUUGGCAAGGCGCUGACUCGCAUGAGGGACGAUACAGCAAUUCGCCAGGAGGUGAAGUGGGUGCAGGGAUGGGAUGAAAAGCUGGCGGAGUUGGUGAAGGACAUUGAGGCCUUUGUAGAAUCACAGCCCGAGGGAGCUGAUGGCGAGGUGCCCGGGGAGGGGGGUCAGGUGAUAGUUUUUGUCUCGGGGAAAACAACAGUCAGGGGAGUAGCAGAUCAUCUGAGGGCCGCCAAUAUCGGGGUCGAGACGCUUUUUGGUACAAUGCAGCAAGAGCACCGGAAGCAGGUGUAUCUUACCUUCCGUAGUCGAAGGGUGCGGGCACUUGUGGCCACCUCCAUCGCCUCUAGGGGUCUUGAUUUCCCCGAUGUCGGCCUUGUCAUCAAUUUUGAGAUGCCUCCCACCAUUGAGCCGUACGUUCAUCGCAUCGGCAGGACGGGCCGGGCUGGAAGGACUGGGCGUGCGAUCUCAUACUUUUCACAGAAAGACGCACACCUUGCUCCUGCCCUCAUUGCGCACCUGACGAAGAGCAAGGUUCCCAUUCCGCCGUGGUUGAACCGUCUUGUGUAG